AUGCUGACUGAUAGUGAAAACCAGUCUAUCCUGAUCACCGGGGAAUCUGGUGCCGGGAAGACCGUGAACACAAAACGUGUCAUCCAAUACUAUGCAACCAUUGCAGUCAGCGGGGACCCAGCCAUGAAGGAGUCUGGGAUGAAGGGUACGCUCAAGGAUCAAAUCCUCAGCGCCAACCCACUGCUGGAGGCCUUUGGGAAUGCCAAAACGAUGAGAAAUGACAACUCCUCACGCUUUGGUAAAUUCAUUCGUAUCCAUUUUGGAACCUCUGGAAAACUGGCAUCCGGUGACAUUGAGACCUGUGAGUGACUGAGGGGGGCUGACUGCUCUGCUAGAAGGUGAAGAGCCUGAAAAAUUUCUAUGCAUACGUAUUACAGACCUACUG